AUGUCAGGCUUCUUCAACCUCAUUCUGCGCGGCAUCGCCCUCGUCUUCACAAUCAUCAUUACUGGUCUCAUUGGCAAUGUCAUUGCCCAAGAUAAUAACGCCUCGACGUCGGCCCGCGCCGCCGUAAACUUCACCAUGUUCGUCACGGCCCUCUCCUGGGUCGUUUGUCUCUACGGCAUCGUCGCUAGCGUCAUCUCCAGCCUUGCCAUGCCCAUCGUCCUCUUGGUCCUCGACGUCCUUGGCGUCCUCUUCACUUUUAUCAGCGCCAUCGUCCUUGCUGCCCGCAUCGGCAACACGAACUGCUCCAAGACAUUCGGUCGCCCUGCCAACUGGAUCGCCUACGGCUCCGGCAACGCCGAGCACCGCUGCCGCGAGCUGCAGGCCAGUGAUGCCUUCAUGUGGUUCCUCUGGGCCACUCUCUGCGGCGCUCUCUUCCUUUCAUUCAAGGAGAUGCGCAGCCCCGGUAUUACCCGCUCAUCCCGCCCGGCCAUGUCACAGGUCUAA